AUGGAGGGGUGGGGAUGCCAGGAGGACCCUGCAGAGUACUGUGCAGGAGGCUACUACCCUGUGCAGAAGGGAGACACAUUGAGUGGAAGAUACCAGGUGGUGCACAAGCUGGGCUGUGGCUACUUCUCUACAGUCUGGUUGUGUCAGGACAUGGUAGAGAAGAGGCGUGUAGCUGUGAAGGUGGCCAAGGGUGGGGAGAGCUUUGCUGAGGCUGCCCAGGAUGAAAUCUCUCUCCUCCAGUGUGUGAGCAGCAUGAAGAAGAAGGACCGGGCAGGGGAGAAUAUUGUCCAUUGUUUACAUGACUUUAAAAUGAUUGGAGCAAAUGGCUUCCAUGUGUGCUUGGUGUUUGAGUUGCUGGGCCCUUCUCUGCGAUGUCUGAUGAGGAGCCAUGGAACCCAGGGUCUCCCCUUGCCCUUUGUGAAAAAAGCCUUACAGCAGGUACUGGCAGGGCUACAGUUCCUGCAUACAAAUUGUCGGAUUAUCCAUACAGACAUCAAGCCAGAGAAUAUCUUGCUGCAGUUGGAUGAGGAGAGUCUCCAGAAGCUUCUGCAUGACACAGCUGCCUGGAGCCAAAGUAUAAAUCUGGGCCUAAAGAAACCAGGAAUUCUUGCCAAUCAAUUGGAUCAUUGCAAUAUAAUGAAAAUGGGAGUGAAAAUUGCAGACCUAGGCAGCGCAUGCUGGACCUACAAGCCCCUUUCCAAAGAGAUCCAGACCCAGCCAUACCGAGCCCUGGAAGUUCUUCUUGGGUUAGAUUACAGCACUCCUGCAGAUAUCUGGAGCACAGCCUGCCUGGCAUUUGAAAUGGUGACCGGCGAGUGCCUUUUUGAACCCGAGGCCGGGAAAUAUUUCUCCAGAGAUGAUGAUCAUGUUGCUCGUAUCAUUGAACUCCUGGGAAGAAUUCCUCCUAAAAUUAUUUUCUCCUGGAAACAGUCGUCAAAAUUCUUCAGCAGACAAGGUGCUCUCCUACGGAUUUCCAGGCUUUUCCCCUGCACUCUGUACAGCACCCUAAUGGACAGAUACAACUGGACAAAGCAUGAGGCCGCUCCAUUUACUAGCUUCCUUCUGCCAAUGCUGGAAUACACACCAGCCAAACGGACAACAGCAGUGAAAUGCCUCCAACACCCAUGGCUGAGUACCCAGUGUCCAGAUCAGCCUUGUGACUCUCUUUCUCUGGAGAUGGAACACAGAAAAUAA